AGCUCUCACUCAACACUUGAGACUUUCGCAGUUGUUCAUUUGGUGAAAUGGUUGUUCUGGUCAAACCGAGUCCUCAGGUGGGCAGCAAAGCGAUGGAUGGAAAUCAGCACAAGGUGGAGGCGAAUAUUCUGCUACUUGGAGCAGAAAAUGUCGGGAAGUCAGCUCUUACAGUGCGUUUUCUCACCAGAAGAUUCAUUGGAGAAUAUGGGGAUAUUGAAUCAAUAUACAGUCAUAUCGACAAAACAGAUGGGCGUGAGGUAUCCUUAAACAUCUGGGACUCACUGUAUCCACAGAGCUGCGAAACGACCGAAUCUAUCAGCGACAAGCAGCUCCAGUGGGCUGACGGUGUGAUCCUGGUCUACAGCAUCUGCGACCACUCCAGCUUUGAGGUGGUCCGACAACAGGUGCAGCUCAUCCGCCAAACCAGAAAGCUCUCCGCAUCCGUACCCAUCAUCAUCGUAGGAAACAAGCGAGAUCUGCUCCAUCAGCGGGCCGUCCCGAGCGAGGAGGGCCGUCUGUUCGCCCUGUCUGCAGACUGCGGCUUCUUCGAGAUCUCAGCUGCUGAAACCUACCACGGGGUCCUUCUGGUCUUCCACGAAAUCCUGGACCUCAUCAAGGAGUCCAGAGCAAUAAAAAAGGGCAUGGUGGGAAUCAAGGGCAUCGUCAGAAGCGUGUCUGCCGUGUUUGGAAAGAAGCGCGAGUAGAAAACUGAGGGCGAAUUGGUGAUCAUGAUGACCAUAUGAGGCCCCUGGCAGCCUAGCAUCUAAAUAGCUCAGAAGAGGCCCCCGGCUGAAGGGUUUUUGAGCUUGAAGGGGGUCAAGUAGCCAACAUGGAUGAUGGAGAGAAGAAUAAUAAGCAUGUUAAACGUUCAGAGCUCAGCUUAAAGUUGAAGGAAAGUAGAUUGAGUUUGUUUGAGGAAGGUGAUAAAGGAAGUCCUUAUAAGUGAACCUGGGCUUUGAUUUAAGUUGGUCAAAGGGUACGUACAUAAAAUUGAAAUGAAAACUGCGUUUACACUAGUAGGUUUUUGUUUUAAAAUGGCAUAUUGCUGUUUUUACAGAGUUAUUUUACUACACUGUAAAAAUGCUGGCUCCGCACAAUUGAGAUGUGUUGGGGCAACAUUAAAGAAAGUUAGCUUAUUAGCUUUUACAAAUUUAAGUGGAUUGGACAUAAAUUAAUUAAGUUGUCUAUAAAAAACUCAAGAAUUAUGUUGUUUACACUCAUUUUAAAUGCGUAGUUUGAAAAAAAUGUAAGCAUAAAUAUUUGUGUGUACACUGUAAAACCCAACAGUCAACUUUAUCAAAUACAAUGAGUGGAGUUAACUCAAAAUGUCCUGGAAGUUAAUUCUACUCAUUUGAAAAGAGUUUUGAACUCAGUGUCGAAGGUAAUGAGUUAAUUAAUUACCUUAUUACUUCAACUUAAAUGGAGUAAGUUCCCAGCACUCGUAUAGAUUCGUUUUUAACUCAAAUGGCUUGUAGCAAUCGGUUUUCUCAAACGGUUU